GGGAGGGGUACAGAGCCGCGCUACGUCACUAAACGUCGCAGUAUAAACAGAGCGCCGGGCUGGGCCGGCGAACAGUGACUAGUUAGCUGUGAGCGUGGGAGUGUGUCCCAGCGCUGGUCUGAUUUGCUUCGUCGCCAUGAGAUCGCGACUGCUCUGUGCGCCGGUAGUGUGUUUAGUGGUGACGCUGGUCGUCGUGUCCGAUGCUCUCCCGUCGAUGGGCGGCCCCUUCCAGCGCUCGCGGCGGCCAAGCUCGUCAGCCAUCAUCUUCCCGGAGGACCGUCGGCCGGCCACACCUUCCCCCGUGUCCGGAUGUGUCGACUACGCCGGCCGGCAGGGCCGCUGUGUCACGCUGAGCAUGUGUCCGGGUCUGCGGCGGCUGCUGGCCACCAAUGGUCCGACGGCAGAGACGGUGCGCCGCCUCCGGGCCGGCGACUGCGGGGCGUGGCGCGGCGGUCCGCUGGUCUGCUGCGGCCGCGGAGACCCGCCCACACCGCCGCCCUCCCCACCGCCGCCCGAGGAGCACCCGAACCUCGCCAUCCUGGAGCGUGGUGACCAGCCGUGUGGCAUGUCCAUCUUCCAUCCGAACAUCUUCGGAGGCAACCUCACCACCCAGGGCGAGUUCCCGUGGGUGGCCGCGCUGGCGUACGACCACCCGAGCCUCGACAGGCCGGGUGUCAACUGCGGCGGCGCACUGAUCGGUCUGCAGUACGUCCUGACCGCGGCACACUGCGUCACAAACCUACCAGAAGGCUUCCAGCUGCACUCGGUCCGUCUCGGCGAGCACGACCUGGCCACGGAGCAGGACUGUGGCGUGCCGCCGGACCCCGAGCUGUGCCUGCCCCCGGCUCAGGUGUUCAACGUCACCGAGACGAUAGUCCACCCGCAGUAUGACGACCCAGUGCGCGACCAGAACGACAUUGCGCUCCUGCGACUCGACCGGCCUGUCAUCGAGAACGACGGCGUCGCCAAGGUGUGUCUGCCACUUGGCGUGAAGCGGAUAGCCGACCCGACCGGUGAAGACGCCACCGCCGCCGGGUUCGGUCAGACAGGACGCGGUUUCUCCAGUGACGUGAUGCUGAAGGUUAAGCUGCCAGUGGUGCCGCAGGAGGAGUGUGCCCAAGUGAUUGGUGAGCGCGGCCGCACGGUCGGCGGUGGCCAGCUGUGCGCCGGCGGUGUGCGCGGUCAGGACUCGUGUGUGGGCGACUCGGGAGGUCCGCUAGUGCUCCCUGAUCGGUUCGGUCCGCCCUACCACAUCAUUGGUGUGACAUCGUUCGGUCCGACGACUUGUGGUAUCGGUGACGUACCCGGGGUGUACACCCGUGUUACUGAGUACCUGGACUGGAUCCUGGACAAUGUGCACGAGUGAUGACACCCGUGGCACGCGGAGAAACACAAGGGGCAUUGAGCCCAAGGUGAAACGGUGUCCGUGGGGCCAGUGUAACAGCUCAACAUAUUAAAAUAAGCCCGUUGAUUGUUAUCCGGCUGUGUGACGGUGCUAUAGCCUGGUGAAUUUUAUCUCUCGGCCAGAAGACUGCUAGUCAGCCGCUCGCCGCUCGUUUUGAACCAUCGAACCGCUCUACCCGGCGGCAAACGAGCGUUGUAGUUCGCCAGCUCCAGGGCAGCCAGCCGGGCUUUCCAGGCACCGCUCGAGUCUGCUCUGUUUAUGAGACGGCGCCUCUACCGCCGGCCUUCCCAAAUGUGGCCUGUGGAGCUGUGAUCAGUGUCCAACUGCGCAGUCCGGCACCGGGCGAUGUUUAUGAUCUGGCCGAUCAUGCACGAUGAAAUCUGAGGUUUAUCGUUAUGAACUCGGAUGCAGGAAUGGUGGCUGGUGCUCAGUGUUGGACGUAGUUUUAACGAUUGUGAACCGUGAGUUGUGCUGUGUUGUCUGGUAUGGUUAAUGUUUGGGCUGGCGAUGUAUAAUUUAUGUUGGUAUGUUAAUGUGACAAACAAAUACAAAUGGUGAUAUUUU